UUCUACAACGACAGUAUGAGCUCGCUGAAAGAAGAGGGGCAGCCGGUCAAUCGUGUGGAAUUGUUCCGGAAAACACACGUUCGAGCUGGGACAUUCGUGUCGCAGGCCGCCGAGGAUGCGCAUAAUCAAAUGCUGGAACUCCAAUCCCAGCCUACCCCAGAGGGUAGUCAGCCACUCUCUGAGGAUGAGAUAUGCGAUCAGGUGUUGGGUAGACGACCAGGCUACUCAAAAGGCCUUGGUUGGGGACCCAAGCCGAAGGCCCGCAGAACGGCAAGUGCAAGCAGUUCGUCGACAUCUUGUUCGCAGUCCACACAAAAAGAGAUUGAAUUACAAGCUAAACUUCAUGAAGCUUUGGAACAGAUUGAAGUACAAGAUAGAAAUCACCAAGCAUUAGCUUUACAAGUGGAAGCUAUGAAAAAGAUGAUUGAAGACCUAACUCGUGCACAACAGGGACCACCACAUGAUCCCUAGCUCUGCGGUACCUCG